CUCUACAGGAGUACCAAUAAAAAAUCAUAAAAAUAGGUGCUGGUACGACUGCGUUCGCAUCUCAUUUCCUCUGCUUCGUCGUUGGCUCCUUUGAUUAAGCGAUGGGUCGUGUAAUUCGUGCCCAACGUAAGGGAGCUGGAUCUGUUUUCCGUUCUCACACCAAAAGGAGGAAGGGAGCACCUAAACUACGCUCCCUUGAUUACUCUGAAAGGCAUGGAUACAUUAAAGGUGUUGUAAAAGAAAUUAUUCACGAUCCUGGCAGGGGUGCCCCUUUGGCUGUAGUGCAUUUCCGUGAUCCAUAUAAGUUUAAGACACGUAAAGAAUUAUUUAUUGCACCCGAAGGCAUGUACACAGGACAGUUUUUGUACUGUGGAAAGAAAGCUAACCUUCACAUUGGCAAUGUCAUGCCAGUUGGGCAAAUGCCUGAGGGUACAAUCGUUUGUAACCUUGAGGAAAAAACUGGCGAUCGUGGUCGGUUAGCUAGAGCAUCUGGACUCUAUGCCACAGUUAUCGCCCACAAUCCCGAUACAAAAAAGACCAGAGUGAAGCUUCCUUCGGGAGCUAAAAAAGUUAUUCCAUCCGCAAAUAGAGGUAUGGUUGGAAUUGUGGCAGGUGGUGGACGUAUCGAUAAGCCUAUUCUAAAAGCCGGACGUGCUUAUCACAAAUUCAAGGUCAAGAGAAAUUGCUGGCCAAAGGUUCGUGGUGUUGCUAUGAAUCCCGUUGAGCAUCCACACGGUGGUGGUAACCAUCAACACAUUGGUAAAGCUUCUACGGUUAAGCGUGGCACUAGCGCUGGUCGUAAGAUUGGUCUUAUUGCUGCCAGAAGAACCGGUAGAAUUAGAGGAGGCAAGACAGACGCCAAGAAAGAAGAUUAGACUAUUCGCUAAUUAAUUUUCAACAUCUAUUAUAAUAAAAACAUUGAAAAAAAUACUCGAAA